UCAGUGUACUGAAGUAGGUUGGAUGUACUCAUUUCUAAUAAUAACAACCAAUGUACCGAAGUAGGUUGGAUUUACUCAUUUCUAAUAAUAACAACCAGGGUACCGAAGUAGGUUGGAUUUACUCAUUUCUAAUAAUAACAACCAGUGUACUGAAAUAGUUUGGAUGUACUCAUUUCUAAUAAUAACAACCAGUGUACUGACGUAUGUUGAAUGUACUCAUUUCUAAUAUUAACAACCAGUGUACUGAAGUAGGUUGGAUGUACUCAUUUGUAAUAAUAACAACCAAUGUACUGAAGUAGGUUGGAUGUCCUCAUUUCUAAUAAUAACAACCAGUGUACUGAAGUAGGUUGGAUUUACUCAUUUUUAAUAUUAACAACCAGUGUACUGAAGUAGGUUGGAUGUACUAAUUUUAAUCAUAACUACCAGUGUACUGACGUAGGUUGGGUGUACUCAUUUCUAAUAAUAACAACCAGUGUACUGCGGUACGUUAAGUCACUUAGUGUACUCUUUUCCAAUAAUAACAACCAGUGUUCCGCGGUAGGUUGAGUGUACUAAUUUAUAAUAAUAACAGUGUACUGUUGUAGGUUGUAUACUUAUUUAUACUGCGGUAGGUUCAGUGUACUCAUGCGGCUGUGUGUAAUUAUUUCUGAUCAUAAAACCCAGUAUGCGAGUGACUGGGUGUACAUAAAAUAAACUUGUGUAGGCCCAUAACCCAGAUACACCCCCAGGGCAUAACUUAAUGGCAAUUAGCGCCAUCUGUAUUCUGUGUUACGGACAUGAGCGCAUCUUUUGUCCAGCUGGUGCGCAGCGUUCGGACGCCAUUGACGAUGCAGCGGUCAGCGUAGCUAACAAAGAAAGGUAACUUUAGUCCGUAUCUCCAUUUACCAUCAGCCAUUUAUUACAUGUUGGAUUUUCGGAGAGCGAGGAUGUCUCCGGUAUUACUUUCAUUGUUUGUUUGUUUGUUUUGCAGACAGUUUUACGGCCGAUACUGCCAGUACACGCACAAUCUGCGAGCGUGCGGCUCGGUGAAACACGGAGCGUGGCUGAAAUCAAAUUGCGAUCUCUGUCGGUGUUACAACGGUCGCAUCAUGUGUAUACAGAAAGCAUAUAACAAUUGUGAUAUAAAGAAGCAUGGAAAUGACUUGGAUCCUUUAGAUCCGUCCAACAACAUUUACAUAUUUCAAGAUGACCAAGAAAAUGAACUUUACGAUGACGAUUAUUUCGCUGAAAGUGCCGCGUCACGAAAAUUUCCCAUAAUGCUUGCAGUUGUGAUAGCUUGUAUUCUCGGACUGAUCGUCUGACAGGAGCAGCGACGUCACAUUUCCCUAACCUAUGUCGUGCAAUAAAGACUCGUAUCUCCCUAGCGGAGGCUAAAUAUAUUUCCCGGUGCAUUCCAAGAGUCGCUAUAAGUGACCAUGUUAGUGCCAGUAUACUUAAAGGUGUUUAUGAUUGGCUAGUUGGUAUAUUAAAUAUAUCUACUAGCAGACAAUAUAUUAAACAGUAGUAAGUGAAAGAACGAAAAGAGUGCAA